UUACAUUUUUUUCGCAAGCCGUUGCUGGUUUUGGCCUCACCGCCUACGGAAAUUUUUUGGUUAAAUAAAAAAUUAAAGUAAAAAAUUGUAUUGCUGAUAAAUAACCUUAAGUAACCGUUUCUAUAAAACGGAAGUGUUGAAAUUUGUGAAAAGUGACUUAAUAUAGACAAGUAUACAAGUUAGCGCAAUAAUUAUACUUAAAAGUUGGUGAAAAGAUAAAAGUUUGAGUUAUUAAAAUAAAACCUUAAAUAUAAGUAAAAAUUAAAAAAAUAGCAAAAAGAAAUAGUUUAGUGAAUGAAAAUAUGAUUAUGUCGUAAGUGCAUUGGAGGGUCCGAGCUGAAAUAUGUGAAGAGUCUCAUAGAAAAUCAUGUGAAAAAUCGAUUGGAAAGUUAGACUGGAAAUGUGUGUGAAACAACAUCGUUCCAAUGAAUGGAAUAUAACGCUGUGAAUUGUUUGCUUGAAACUUUUAGUGCAAAAUGUCAAAGUUUGACAAUCGCCGCCAAUAAAUGACAUCAGUAAGAAAAACUUAGUAAAUAUUUGCAACAAUUGCAAAUACGCAAAAGCUAUAAAAGAAUAAAAACAAAAAGUGAGUGGUGGGCAUGAAGGUGCGGAGGUGAGGACCGAAAGCAAAUAAAUGUGGAAGAGCAAGGUGAAGAUUUAUACAGACGUUCCCAGUUCCUGAGAGUGACGUUUUCGAAAUAAUGGAAUCAAAUCCCAAUGGGAUAAAAAUAGAGCCUACACUUGAACAGCAGCAGCAUUCACAGUACGCUACACAUCUACUCGCAUUGAAUGGACACAAUGCACGGCUUCUUAUUGAGCACCCCUCAACGUUGCUGGUGCCAUUGUCACAUCAGCAGCAACAGCAGCAGCAGCAACAUCAACAACAGCAGCAGCAGCAGCAACAACAACAACAGCAUCAAUUACAUCAGCAACAUCAGCAGCAGCAUCAUUUUCAACAGCAUGACCAGCAAAUACAACAGCAGCAACUACAGUUAAGUACAUUACCAGGUUAUCCACAACCACUUUCGCUUAAGCAACAGCCCGCAACAACGCCGGUGCCUGGAGGUGUUACCACAACUCACGGUCCUACAUCAGUUACAUCGUCAACUUCCUCACGUACAGCGGCACAACGCUGGAACGAAAGUCCUGAAGCCCGCGCCCGUCGUUUGGCACGCAAUGCUGAAAGGAUGCGUGAAAGGCGUAAUCGCGAAAGUGAAGAAGAGUACCGGAAGCGUCUCGCCCGGAAUGCUGAAGCAAAUCGUCUUCGGCGCCAAAAUGAGUCGGAUAUGGAACGAGCCAUGCGCCUGGUGCGCAAUGCAGCAAGGCAAAGGCUACGUCGGGCAAUGGAAACGCCGGAUCAACGGGCAAAACGACUACAAAAGCUUGCUGAACGCAUGCGACUUUAUCGGGCUAAUGAGACACAGGAUCAGCGAAAAGUACGUUUGGCAGAAAUGGCAGCACGAGCACGUCAACGCAUUGCAAACGAGACUCCAGAGCAACGCAAGGAGAGACUGAGGAAGUUAAAUGAUUACGCAAAAAAGGUCAGAGAAACUAAGAAAAAAUCCAAGCAGGAGCAAAGUGAGAAUUCGCAGAAUUCGAGCCAAUUGCAAAGUACUGCUGCCAGUUCCACUAAUGAAAAUAUCAAUUUGAACCAGGCAGCCCCGCAAUCAACGGUCGCAACAAACAACACCAUAGACCAACAACAACCCCAGCAAUCCAAUGACGAACAACUAGCAUCUUAUCAACCACAGCAGACGGCGUUAACCAAUCCCAUAGAGUACUAUCAGAAUAUGUUCAUGAGUCCGGCAACAUUGAGACCUGCUUUACUUAAACAGGAGCAAUUAACACCGCAGCAGCCACAGCAACAACAAUCAAUGCAGCAAGGACGUUUUACACACCAACAACAGCAACAACAAACAAUACUAGAUUCAGAAUCAAAUAGCAUGUUCCCUCAACAACUGUACGAUAAUGACCAGAAACCAGCAACCGCAUCUGGUAACGGCACUGCAACAACGUCUUCUAAGUUGCCACAAGCACAUGUACCACAGUUCAGCACAAUUGCCAGUUCCCUUGAAUUCUAUCAAAACAAAUAUAUGAAGAAGCAGGAACUACAGACAAACAAUCCAACGAAUAACAGCGGGUCUGUUGGUGGCUCCAAUUUGCAGAACGAUACAAAGGUGAUCGUAGCAUCCACGUCCAACAGUGAGAAUCAGAAAUUAAAAAGUUCACAUCCUCAAAUACAAAACCCUCCCACUCCGCUAUAUAACCAAUUUCCUUAUUUAGCUACAUUUCCAGCUGCUGCAGCCAACUCGGGAUCAACCGUAGUGACUUCACCAUCCAGUACGCCCACUCAAGCCACCUACUACCCCAUGUAUCACAAUGGAUUUCAACUGACGAUUCCACCGAAUACAGUGCCGCCACCAUUUACACCUGUGCAUUUCACCAAUAAUACAACCAAUUCGGGAACAUCGCCUACAUCUGGACAAGUGGCCCAAGCUGGUGUUGGCGGAGCAUAUAAUUUAUUGGCAAAUUCAUCUAUAACUGCUGCUGCGGCGGUCGCAGCUGUUGCUUCAACUGCUACACAACAACAAGCUAUACAGGAUUUUCCAAAACCGGUCCGCGGUCGCCCUAGAAAGGUUAUCUUUUCCAAUACAGGUACUGGCAGUAAUGCCUCAACUACUAACAACACGGGAGACUCAAAAAACGGCAUUUAUCUGCUGCCCACAGGAACCACUGAAUCGCCUGAGGACGCACUACGGCAACAAAAGGUGAGUGCCUUGCUUGAGCAAGAAAUAAACCAAAUGCUCGCAUCACCACAGCAGACACCGCGCCGCGGACGUGGUCAACAACAUUCCUCGCCCACAGGCUCGACCCGGGGUAGCGGGCAUAAAUAUGAAACAGAUGAAGACAAACGAAGACGAUUGGACAAAAUGGCAGCACAUCAAAGAGAAGUGAGGGCGAACGAAACACCGGAGCAACGAGCAGUACGUCUGGCUAAAUUAUGCGAGAGAGCUCGACUGAAACGGGCCGAAAUCCGAGCGACCGAAUCACCAGAUGAACGGAAAGUACGUCUAUCCAAACAAGCCGAAUAUGCACGUAUGCGCCGUUUACGGACCCAUUCACGUCGUCGCACCGAAGACAGAGCACGCGAACUAUAUGAAGAACUUAAAAAAGAUGUGGAUAUAUCCAGUGACGGCAACGACUCCAACGGGAACACAAAAUUACAGCCACAAGAUCAGCAACAAGAUCUACUUCAGCAACAACAGCAGCAGCAAUCACAGCAACUACAACAGCAGAUGUUGCACUCAAAUGAAUCCUCCAACAUGGUGAACGCACAACUCCAGCAACAGCAGCAACAACAACAGCAGCGUUUCUUAGCUUUAGCCAACUCGCAAGCGCCUCAACAGCAAGAUCAACAACAACAAAUGUCAGCCUCUAACAAUGCAUACGGCAAACCUCCGUGCAAAGAAUACAAUUCACAGCCUGAGAAUAAUGAUAUGCUUAAGAUUCUCGAACCUAUCAUCGUAAUGAAAACAAAAUAAAGCUAACUAAUAUAUAAACAAAUCUAGUAAGUACGCAUCAAAAACAAUACACAAUAGUCUCUAUCAAUAAAACACAGUUUAUGAUAAAUACACCUUCACUUUUACACGACGAUGACAAUGACGAUUGAAGCCCACGUCUAAAAAAAAAACAAAAAAUACUAAUAAAAACUUAUAACAAAUAUACACGUGGUAACAAAUACUACAAUAUAUCACCGAAAUCACGAUAAAAUGUCGGCAGCAGUUAUUCAAGUAAAAUUCUUUUUAGAAAUUCAAUGAAAAAUGUAGCAGUAGCAAUUGGAAUGAUAACAAUUUGAUUAACUAUAUCCAUGAAGGGUAUUGCAUACAUACAUAUAUAUUCAUAUGUAAGUUUAUGUUAGUGCAGUAUAUCAUAUACUACAUACUAAAUGAAAUAAAUAUGCAAAUUUAUAUACACUAGUAACACUCAAUGUAUGUAGAGCUCGUGUAAGCAUAAUAUUAAUAUUACUGUGUAAUAAGUAUAAUAAUGACCAUGAUAAAGUAAAAGUAAAGAAUAAAGUCAAUAAUUUUUUUAAAGUAGAUUAAACACACAAA